AUUAUUAAUGAAUGAGAGAUUUGAGCGGGAAACGUCGACCGAAAUUUCGAGCGCUUUUGUUUCCGAUUUCCGAGGAAGACCUGUGCGCGGAAUCGCGGCCCUCAAUUUAUUUGACCAAACACGUAUCGCCACUUCUAAAUUUAGGUCGUAUUAUCCACUUGCGAUUCGCCGCCGCUGGGCGUAUAUAUCCGUCGGUCGUUUCGACUCCGUACUUUACUCGUCUAUUGCCGGAGUAAUUGGCAAAUUGUCGCAAUGAUACUAUCGUGAUGCGAGGUAAUCGCGACGACGACGUUGCUGCGGGCCCUCCUCCUUGGGCUGCCGCCGCGUGCCCCAUCAAGGUAGUCGCGACAGAACGUUGUCAACCGCGCGCGCGAUCCACGCUACUUUCACGCAUACGAUACGAGGUGCUUUAUAAAUGGGUGAAAGAAUUUUCGUGGGAGAGAGGUUUGCGAUUAGGAUCGAGUACGCAGCACGAGAAAUUCGUUUAUAAAGCAGGAGCUUUCGCCAGCCACUACGAUAGCAGCGUGACUUCCGCGAGCCGACGACCGUUGAAUUACAGCCGCUGACUCGACGGUGUUACAAGCGACGCAGGAUGACAUCGGAGGGCACUUCGGAUGACCUGCUGGCGAACUGGGAGAUGCCCACCGUCCAGGAAAUCAGCGACACCAUGCAGAAUUUCGGCAUGCCGGACUACUCGGUGUUCGCCGUGAUGCUGGUGGCAUGCGGCGCCGUCGGCGUCUAUUUCGGCUUCGUGAAGAAGUCCUCGGGCGAGGACGAGUACCUGGUCGGCGGCAGGAGCAUGCAAACGGUGCCGGUCAGCUUCAGCCUGAUAGCCAGCUUCAUAUCAGGUAUCUCAUUGCUGGGUAUGCCGACGGAGAUUUACGUGCACGGCACGAGCUAUCUCUUCAUCGUCAGUGGGAUUAUUCUUGUGGGUUUCAUCAUGUCCAACGUGUACUUGCCGGUCUUCUACGAGCUCAAGCUCACCAGCACCUACGAAUAUCUCGAGAUGCGUUUCGAUAAAAAGAUCAGAUUACUAGGCUCUGUCCUGUUCUGCAUCGGUAUUAUGAUUUGGCUCCCGAUGGUUAUCUACGUACCUGCCUUGGCCUUCAAUCAAGUGACGGGGGUGAAUGUGCACAUAGUCACUCCCUUCGUGUGCAUCGUUUGCAUAUUCUACACCUGUGUGGGCGGCCUCAAGGCGGUGGUGUGGACGGAUUUCAUUCAGACCUUCAUCAUGUUCGGCUCCAUGCUGUUAAUUGUAAUUAAGGGCACGUGCGACCUUGGCGGAUUAUCCUUGGUGAUACGAAGAAAUCUGGAAUCCGGAAGACUCGAGUUUCCCUCAACCGACUGGAAUCCUCUGACGAGGCACACUAUCUGGGGUCUCAUGAUAGGCGGCACCGUGCAUUGGUUGCAAAUCUCCGCUAUCAAUCAGAACAUGAUUCAACGAUACUUGGCGCUCCCCACUUUACAGUCGGCCAAAAGAGCACUCUGGUUUUUCAUAGUCGGAAUUUUGGCUCUGAUUAUGAUAUGCGGAUACGCCGGCCUGCUGAUCUACGCCUGGUACCACGAGUGCGAUCCGCUCACGACCAAGCUGGCGCGUGCGAAGGAUCAAUUGCUGCCGUUGUUGGUGAUGAACGUUUUGGGAGAACUUCCGGGGCUCCCUGGUCUCUUCGUGGCGGGCGUUUUCAGCGCCGCGCUCAGUUCACUGUCGACUGGCUUGAACUCCAUGGCGGCUGUGGUGUUGGAGGAUUUCGUAAAGCCCUUCAUCAAGACGCCGCUCACGCCCAGGGCAGCUGACAUCUUUUUGAAGCUCACAGUCGUCGUAUUAGGGGCGACCUGCGUUGCUCUCGUUUUCCUCGUCGAGAAGACUGGCACUCACGUGUUGCAGUUGUCAAUGAGCCUGUCCGCCAUCACCAGCGGGCCAACUCUCGCCAUAUUCACCAUGGGUGUGCUAUUACCAUGGAUCAACGCGAGGGGCGCUCUGGUCGGGGGACUCGCGGGUUUAAGCUUCAUGGGCUGGCUUGGCCUUUCCGCCGGUACGGCCAUCGCCACUGGAAGGAUCAAAUUCGAGGAAAAACCCGUUACUACAGAAGGAUGCACUUACUCGUUUCCCCAAGUCGAGAAUUUGCUAUUAUUUGUGCCACCGGAUUCGAUCUUGGAGGACGCCAGUGUAGAGGAGCCAUUAGCGGUGUUUCGUCUCAGUUAUAUCUGGUACACUAUGAUCGGUGCCCUCCUGACUAUAAGCAUCAGUUUCCUCGCGACUCUGAUUACCUCGCAAGAUGUUGAAAAGUUAGAUCCGAUGCUCCUAGCACCGUUCAUUAGGAAAUACUUCAAGAGCUCGAGCAGAAACAUGGCGACUGAGAAGCAUCAAAUCGAGAUUACAAAAUCAGAUCUAAAGAUGGCAUCUCUUGCAAACAACGAGGGCGAUAAAUUAUUGCAAAUAACUGCGACAUGAUGCAGUAUAACUCUCGUGAAUGUCAAGAUUUUUUAAAGAAAAAGUAUAAUUUUGUAACGCGCGUGCACUGAUUCGUGUAUUGCAGUUGUAAAUUAUUCGCGAGAACCAUGUACAAAAUUUAUAUUUGUAAUAAAAGUGUAUAUUAGUAGUACUUUGUACACAUUUGUAAAAAUUGUUAUAGGCUGUUGUAUUAUUUUUACUUAAAUAAAAGCUUUAUAACAAAGGA